AUGUUUCUAAAAAAUAUGUUUAAGAAACAAUCUCGAUUUGAGAAGUAUCUAUUUGAAGGCACUAUAUAUGAUAAUUCAGAAACAGUGGAUUUAGAAGAUAUAAAGAAAAUGUUAUAAGGUAAGUAUUAAUGAUAAAAAAGGUUAUCCAUCUAAAGAAGAAGAGGAUUAAUUAGUUUAGAGUAUGACAAUUGUUUAAGUAUUCAAAGAAUUCAUAAGACUUAUACCAUAAUAAUUAGAAACUAUUAAAAAAUUAAAAGUAUUAUUAACAAUCCAUGUUUUAAUGGGUGAUAUUAAACAUGGAAGAUUAUUUGUUUAAUAAUUUCUUGGAUGGAUUGGAUGGUAACAUAUUGAAUAGAAAGAUGUUUUAAAUAAGUUCUCAUCUGUGUAGACAAUGAUCAUCUAAAAAUUAGCAUUGAUUAGUGAAAUUAUUUAAAGAAGUAAAUUGAAAUCCGACGUUAAUGUUUUAUGUAAUUUGAUCUUUAUUAUAAUAUUUUAGUUAAGGAUAUUGAUUCUAAUAUAAUGUAAUUUUAUAAAAUGAUUAAUGCUCUUAAUCUCAUUUUAGGAUAACAAGAAGUAAACUAAUUAUUUUGACAUAAGUUUUACGCAUAGGUAUUUUCUACUCACAGAAGAAUAAUAGUUAUGGAAAUCUAUUUGUUAUUGUGGAAUGAUGUUAUUGCACUCUAUUUAAUGUUAGAAAGGUAAUUCUAUAUAAUAUUCUAGUUCAUAGGUUUGUACGAUAAUUUUUAGAUUGUUAUUAAUAAAUGGAUUAAUAGUAAUCUAUCUAAGUUUAUGAAUUAUUCAAUGAAUAUAUUAAACUAACACCAUAAGUUAAAAGAUUUGCCUAAUUAUGUUUAUUCUUUAAAAAUUGUAAUGUUAAUGAACCUAAAUGGUAUCAACCAACAAAAAAAGAAAUAGAAGAAUUAUAAAUUUAUUUUUAAAAUGUCAAAAUUUAUUUAACUAGUAGAUCAAAAAGAUUGAAAAUUGAAAAAUCAACUCCUUAAUUAAAUAGAAGUUGUUAAGGAACUGGAAGAGAUUUAAAAAAAUCAUAAUCUCAAUCUUAAAUAAUUUCUAAAAGUGAUAUUAAAUAAUAAUAAGAUAAUUAUUUAUCAAAUACUACAAUGGGUUAUGCAAAAAGAAUAUAUUAAGGAAAUAAUGCAUCUUAAGCUAUAUAAUAUACUUUUGAGAGUGAUUGUUAAACUGUAGAUGUUAUUAAAUAAUGA